AUGGAUGGGAAUCAAUGUCUUCUGUGGGGGAUUCAGAAUGCGCUAACGUUAAAUGCUGACAGAAUAUCUAUAACCGACAAUAUGAGGUCCAUCGUUCACCUCACUAUCGCGGCAUCCCUUGCCGCCGGUGUCGUUGCGCAGCCCCACCAACACCACCGUCACCUUCACGUCAAGAAGGAUGCCGCCUCGCCCGUCGAGAAGCGCGAACCCGACCUUGUCGUUGUGUACGAGGCCGGCCCGACGGUGACCGCCUAUGAGCUUGGAGGAAAGGUCAUCACCGAGGAUGAGGCCAAGAAGGGCAUCGAGGACGGAUUGUUCGUUGUCGUUGGAGAGACCAAGCCUACUCCAACCCCCCUACCGUCCCCGUCUACCUCCAAGGCCCCCAAGCCUUCCACUUCCAAGGAUGCCCAGUUCUUCGAGGCCAAGGUCGCGAAGACCUCGACGACUCCUACUCCUACUCCUACUCCUACCCCGGAACCGACCACUUCGUCCUCCAGUAGCCAAGCGCCUUCCUCCACGCCGUCAAGCGGUGGAUCUGGCGGCGCCAAGGGCUUGACCGCCGAGUUCCCCAGCGGCGAGAUCGACUGCUCCGAAUUCCCCUCCGACUACGGUGCUGUCCCGGUUUCAUACCUCGGUACGGGCGGCUGGACCGGCGUUCAAAGAACCCCCAACUACAACAUUGGAGAUGCCGCCAUCUCCUUCAUCGAGACGGCCGUUAGCGGUGACGGUGGCUGCACCAAGAACUCCUUCUGCUCGUACUCCUGCCCCGUCGGCUACCAGAAGACCCAGUGGCCCUCGGCCCAGGGCUCGACCAAGCAGUCUAUCGGUGGACUUUACUGCAACAGCAAGGGAAAGCUCGAACUCACCCGUGAAAGCAAGAAGACCCUCUGCGAACAGGGCGCUGGUGGUGUUUUCGUUCAGAACGACCUUGAGAAGCAGUCUUGCGUCUGCCGUACCGACUACCCUGGUAACGAGGCUAUGGUUAUUGCUACUGUCCCUGAGCCCGGCCAGCAGUUGGCUCUGACCAACCCCUACUCUCCCGACUACUACGUCUGGAACGAUAGCCCUACCACCGCGCAAUACUACGUUAACAAGCUCGGCCUCAGCGUCGAGGAUGCUUGCGUCUGGAAGAGCUCCAAGGACCCUCUUGGUGCCGGAAACUGGGCCCCUAUCAACAUUGGUGUUGGCAAGAGCGCUGACGGCAACACCUACCUCUCCAUCUUCAAUAACGCUCCGACCUCCACUGCCAAGCUCGACUUCAACAUUGAAAUCAUUGGUGACGUCAACAGCAAGUGUGCUCUUAUCGACGGCUCCUUCACGGGUGGUGGCACUGGCUGUACUACGGCCAUAUCCGGCAGCGGAAAGGCCGUGUUCCGGUUUUACAAAUGA